UGAUUAAUUUAUGAUUUGAUACAUUUAACGCGCUGAGCAUAUAAUGCAAACUUGUUUAAGUAUUAGGCUUUCAUUUAGAUAAAGGGAACUAACAUAUUUUAGCACAGGAGCUUGGUUUUGCAAAAGGUCAAUGUCCAGACCUGAUUCAAGAAGUAAGGCUGCUGCAGUAAACAUUUAUAAGAAAAGUGUCUAUAUUGGGAGUCAAGAUUCGGGAAAAGAGAACUAAAGGAACGUACUGUAUGGAGAAGUGAAAUAAACGUGUUUUGAAGGACGUGAUGUAAUCACAAGAGUGAUCAUGAAAAGGUCAAAUUGUUUUUGCCUAAUAAUGAAUUGAGUUUAACAGAAGUAACUGGUGUCUGCAGAUAUCUGACCCCUACAUAAACUGUACCCUACCUUUGGCUAUUAAAGAUGUAAGCACUUGUUGUUCGGGGAGCAGAUCACGAAACGCAUGAAAGACUGCUGAGUGUCUGUUCCCCCAAAGCAUUGCGGUAAUGAAGUGUUGUUAGACUGGUAAACAAAUCGGCUUCUUUGAAAUUUCUACCACAGUACACACACACACACCUACACACUCAUUGGCCACUUUAUUAGGUACACCUGUUCAGCUGCUCAUUGAAGCGAAUAUCUAAUCAGCCAAUCAUAUGUCAGCAGCACAGUGUAGAAAAUCAUGCAGAUACAGGUCAGGAGCUUCAGUUAAUGUUCACAUCAAACACCAGAAUGGGGAAGAAAGGUAAUUUAAGUGACUGAAGGUGGCAUGAUUGUCGGUGCAGGAUGGGCUGGUAUGAGUAUUUCAGAAACUGCUUAUCUACUGGGAUUUUCACACAUUUUCACCCAUCUCUAGGGUUUACAAAGAAUGGGCCAAAAAAACAUCCACUGAGUGGCAGUUUUCUGGGUGAAAAUAUACCUUGUUGAGUGCAGAGAAGAAUGGCCAGACUGGUUCAAGCUGAUCCAAAGGCACCAGAACUCAAAUAACCACCUGUUACAACCAAGGCUUGCAGAAGAGCAUCUCUGAACGCACAACACAAAACUUGAAGUAGAUGGACUACAGCAGAAGUGGACCACACCAGGUGCCACUCCUGUCAGCUAAGAACAGGAAGCUGAGGCUACAGUGGGCACAGACUCACCAAAACUGGACAAUGGAACAAUGGAAAACGUUGUUGGACAGAUGAGUCUCGAUUUCUGCUGCAACAUUCAGGUGGUCGGAUAAAAUUUGACGAAGCAAGUAUUUCUGGUUAAUACGUACACAGGUGUAGAAAUAUCUGAACGCGGUAUUGCUUUUGUAACCAAAACAAAUUAAUUAAAAUCGAUUUCACAGUAAUUGUUUAAUUUCGGUUUCAUUUUUAAAAACGAUAGCGGGGGACAUUUAUGAUGUUAUUUACAACAAAGUAAAUGGGACCCGGUGCGGCGUUUCCAUGGUAACGCCGACAAACACGGUUGGUUAACAAGCAGCAAACAUGUCUGAAAUGUCGGCAAUGGACAGGAAAAUCAUUCAAAAUCUUGCAGAAACUCUUUCCCGACAAGUCAAGCACUUUAACAGGACGGAAGCAGAGUGUCUAAUCAGACUGUUCAAUGGACGGUUUGGGGACCAGAAUGAUCGGAAAACAGGACAUGGCCUGGAUCGAGGAAAAUUCAGAAACAUAUUACACAACACAUUUGGGAUGACAGAUGACAUGAUCAUGGACAGAGUUUUCCGGGCAUUUGACAAGGAUAACGACAGUUAUAUCAGCGUGAAGGAAUGGAUAGAAGGUUUGGCCGUGUUCCUGCGUGGGACCCUGGAUGAAAAAAUAAAAUACAGCUUCAAUGUCUAUGACUUGAAUGGAGAUGGAUACAUAUCCCGGGAGGAGAUGUUUCACAUGCUGAAAGACAGCCUGAUCCGGCAGCCGACAGAGGAAGACCCAGAUGAAGGAGUCAAAGAUCUAGUGGAAAUUGCCCUCAAGAAAAUGGAUCAUGACCACGAUGGGAGACUGUCCUACACUGACUUUGAGACAGCUGUGCGAGAAGAAAACCUCUUACUUGAAGCAUUUGGACCGUGUCUUCCAGACGCAAAGAGAAUCUGUGCAUUUGAACAGCAAGCGUUCCAGAAUCCUCCGGAACACUGACUGCAGCAAGUGUUGUUCCCAAGCUACAUUUUUUACUAAGUGCAUAUAUGCAAUCCACAUGUUCAGUGGGACACUUUAUUCUGGUGCGGCCAAUCCAUCUAUUAAAUUCUCCUUCUUGGUUUUUCUGCAGA